GCAGGGUGGAUCGCAUUUACACACGUUUUUCUGAACGCAUCCGUCUUUUGACGUUUGACAGUGACACUUGACGCUAGGUUAGGUUUAUAUUGAACGAAAUAACCUAAGAAAAUCAGUACAUUGAAUAUAAAUUUCAUCGUUUUUCUUUUUUAUUCUCUUCCAAAAUGGACGGAGUAUCAAAGUAUAACACAUUUAUAGCAAUGCACAAACCUCAGUUGGUUUUGUCAGGCGUUCCUGAGCACUUUUGGCCCGUUCUUUGCAAGAAGUUAUAUGAUCAAAUGUUUGACUCCGGCUCCACAUUCCAAUUGGUACAAAUCGAUUACGAAGACUCUGAGAAGAAAAGGUACGAUCCGCUCUGGGCCGUUGUAGCACUAUGCGACAUUGAAAGAUCAGAUCCGACUCAUAUUUACUUGAUUGAUCAUGCCUGGACUUUUAAGGCAAACAAUGUUCAAAACUGUUUAAGAAAUGUACCAGGACUGUUAGAUAGAAUGUGCUUUCUUAUGCAAAUAAAGGGUGAUUCUGAUGAAGAGAAGAUUGAAAAAGUUUCAGAAAAUGUCUGGAAGUAUGCACACACAUAUGCUAUUGGAGGAAGUGAGUUCUCGGUUGAAGAGAGGGUGCCUCUUUGGUAUGUGUUAGACGAACUAGGAUCUGGGAUUACACAUUCAGAUAAUCCUAACUUUAGGGCGGUGCCAUUUAUAUUUGUGCCUGAGCAAAUAACUUUCACUUUGCUCUUCCCUAUUGAAAAUGUGGAAGAAGGUGAUUCUAUUACAAGAAAUUUUGUAGAGGGAGCAUACUCAGAUCCUCUACAAAGAGAGGCAAUGCUGAUUCCUUGGAAACAUUAUGAACACUUUCAUGAUGACUUUUCUCAGAAGGAGCCAGAGCAGAAUUAUUUCCUGGAGGGACAUAUUGCAGAGACUCUGCCAAACCUUGAAUUACUAAAAAAUAUCCAACAUGGUGAUCAGUUAAAAGUCUUCUCUGAAUACACAUUUAUAAAUCAGUACUUGACAGAUUCUGCAUUCGAAAUUGUUAACAACGAAGAUGAUGCUGAUGUCCUGUGGUACACGACACAUUUCAAAAGCUUCAAAGAAUUAAGUGAAUCAUUUCCUACAAAAUUUGUUAACCAGUUUCCUUUUGAAUAUGUCCUGACAGUAAAAGAUCUUUUGGCUAUUGUUUCAAGAAGAGCAGCCAAGAAAGAUUCAGCAUCUAAAGACAAAUUUGACACACAGCCGGCAUGGUUGCCAACCACAUUCAACAUGAAGACAGAAUUAUCAAACUUGGUUGCAUGCUAUAUGCAAAGGAAGUUGGCAGGAAUGGACAAUCACUGGAUUUGCAAACCAUACAACCUUGCAAGAGGAUUAGACACUUACAUAACUGAUAAUUUAGAUUUCCUGUGCCGGUUACCUUUGAGUGGACCAAAAAUAGCUCAAAAAUACUUAGAAAGUCCUGUAUUAUUUGAAAGGCCUGAGAUUGGUCAAGUGAAAUUUGACAUCAGAUAUGUUGUCUUGUUGAAAUCUGUCAAUCCUACAAGUGUCUAUGUGUAUAGCAACUUUUUCCUCAGAUUUUCCAACAAAUCAUUUGCUCUGAGCAACUUUGAGGAUUAUGAACAACACUUCACUGUAAUGAACUACAAUGAAAAUGCAACUUUGCACAGAAUGCUGUGUGCAGACUUUAAGACUGCUUGGGCCAGUCAAUAUGGGGAUUACAACUGGGAUGAAGUUGAACAGUCAAUUUUCAAGAUGUUUGCUGAGCUAUUUGCUGCAGCAACUAGUAAAGAAGCACCUUGUGGUGUUGCUGAGAGUCCCCAAUCAAGGGCUUUAUAUGCAGCUGAUAUAAUGCUAAGUUGGGAGACGAAAGGGUCUGAAAAAGUCAUACAACCAAAACUAUUGGAAAUGAAUUGGAUGCCGGACUGUCGCCGUGCCUGCGAGUACUAUCCCGAUUUCUAUAAUGACAUAUUCUCAGUUUUAUUCCUGAACAAAGAAGCAAGCACAUGCAUUAAAAUAAUGUAACACUUACGUAACCAAAUUGUAAUGGGCUCAAAGUAUUAUAUCUGUAUACCUUUUGUUAUUAUGUUUAUAAUAAAUUACUUAAACAAA